GUACGGACGUGGCGGCAUGAGCUCCGGCGAUAUCGGAGCGGCAUCAACGGCCCAGCUCGGUCGUGGUACCAGGAACAUGGACGAAUCGUCACAGGAUUAUCAGAUUAUUUUGCCCCGACUGCCAUCAAACGAUUCAACGCUGCAUACUGUCUUUUUGCACGCCGAUAUCAAGGCGCGGCCGUAUCGCGUUGAGGAUUUCAGGGACGCUCUUAUUCGUUUGGCUUUGCUUCCCGAGGUUGCUGCCUUGGGGGCGUACCAAAUGAAUCAUGUUUGGGCCAUCACUUUCAAGGACGAGGAGGGCAAGAAGAGAAUACUCGCUGCUGGGGACAUUGUGGUGAAGAACCAGCGCUGUAUCACUAUCGACCCUAACCACCAGGAUACGAAGCUGAAGAUACACUGGCUAUUGUUUAACGUUCCUGACGACGAGGUGAGGGCAGCGUUGGCUCCUUAUGGCAAGGUGAACGAAAUAGUGCGAGAGCGCUGGCGCGUGUAUGGAUGCACGGACAAAGGCUCUUCGACGCGAGUGGUGAGCAUCAGGCUUAAAGCUGGCCUCACGGUGGAUGACCUCCCACAUCAGUUGCGGAUUGCCGGAGACCUCACGCUAGUUGUCGUCGCGGGAAGAGCACCGCUAUGCCUGCGUUGCCGCGGAACAGGUCAUAUUAGGAGGGAUUGCCGAGCCCCACGAUGUACAGUGUGUCGGCGUUUUGGGCAUAAUGAGAGCGGCUGUAUGAGAACAUAUGCAAGUGUAGCAGGGCCCGCGGGGGGCGAAGAACUUUCCGAGCAUCACAUGGACGAGGCUGAAGCAGAAGAGCUGAUAGGGGCGCGUCGGGAGGAACCGAAACCCAAGUUGACGCCCCUUACGCCACGCCCCACAGGUGCUGAGACGACGCUUAACAAAGACAAGGGUUCUACAAAAGACGUGCAAUCCACGAGGAACACACAAGAUAUAACGACGCUUGCAGCACAGGAAGAAAUGUCGGAAAACAUGGACACGUCAAAUACAUGUAAAAGGCCCAGGGAAGACGCGGAAGGCGAGAAGGCUGCUACAAUGAAAGAAGUGGAACAACCACCGGCCAAGGCGAUGAACGUGCGCCGUAGACCGGCACCUAACAUCCUCAGCGAACGUCGAAUAGCCGAGAACCUCCCACCAACCCAGGUGCAACAGACACAACCGCCGCAGCAGCAACCAGUGCCGAAUCAGCAGACAUUGCAUCAGCGACUGACAGAUCAUCAACAGAAGGGGCCUUCAGCGGGGCCCCCUUCAGAUCAAAAGCCCCCGUAA